AUUGAAACGAAUAACAUGUGGACUUCAAAUUAUUAAGCGAAAAGAGAUUUUUUUUGUGUUCUUCCUGGUCUUCUUCGAAAGGACGUUUCCUCAGCUCGGCGAUUCUAUUCCGGGAUGAUGGCGUUCACUGGAAUCACGACCUCAAAUCCAACUCUUCUUCAGCUUAGGAUCUCCAGUACAAGUUUACGCUCUGUGAUUCCUUGUAAUUCGAUUUCAUUUCCUCGUUCAUCAUACGUGAAACUCAAUCGGAGAAACCGCCUCUAUGUUCGAUCCAGUUCAGUUCCAGUGGCACCUGCAAUGGAGGGACUGAAACCGGCGAUAUCCCUGACGGAUAAUGCACUGAAGCAUCUGAAUAAGAUGAGAUCAGAACGCGGGGAAGAUUUGUGCUUGAGAAUUGGUGUCAAACAGGGAGGAUGCUCGGGGAUGUCUUACACGAUGGACUUCGAGAACAGAGCCAACGCACGACCAGAUGAUUCUACCAUUGAAUACCAAGGAUUUGCUAUAGUUUGUGAUCCGAAGAGCAUGCUCUUCCUCUUCGGGAUGCAGCUUGAUUACAGCGAUGCCUUAAUCGGUGGAGGCUUCUCUUUCUCGAAUCCUAAUGCUACGCAGACCUGUGGAUGUGGGAAGUCUUUUGCUGCCGAGAUGUGAAACAUUUUGACAUAUGGCAGUAAUGAUAUAUGUAGUCAGACUUAUAAUUGAUGGAACACUUUGUAUUGUGGCUGUAGAAUUCCCCAGCAAAAUCAGAAACACUGUAAGCAAUUUCAUCUAUGAUGAUCACACCAAAAUUACACUAAA